AGCGACAUGAGGCUGAGAUACACCACUCUCGCCGUCGUCGCAGCGUUGCUCGGCGCUGCUUCGGCCGAUCGACCCGCGCCACGCUCGGCGCUGCAGCAGCGGCGGCGCCUCGACGGGCUCAAUGCGCCGCGGCCUGUCAACGAGGGCCGCGCUGCGGUGCGGCGGCUGCAGGGCGGGGCCGGCUCGCCAAAGCUGCUGCGCCAGCUCAAGAUCCCGCUCGCCUUCACGUGCUGGUACCUCUUCUCGAUCGUCUACUCGAUCGCCAACAAGCAGGUCCUCUCGGCGUGGAACUUCCCGUGCACCUCGGCCGCCGCACAGCUCGCCGUCGGAGCACUCUCUGUGCUGCUGCUCUGGACGCCGCUGCCGCUCGGAGGCGAGAAGCGGCUGCGGCUGCGGUCGCCGCCGUCGCUCGACGCGAAUGACGUGCGGAAGCUCGUCCCGGUCGCCUCCUGCCUCGCGGCGGGCCACCUCCUUUCCACCGUCGCACCCGCGUACGGGACUGUCGCCUUCACAAACGUCGUCAAGACACUCGAGCCGCUCUUCACCUGCGCCUUCUCGGCGCUGCUGCUCGGCCAGACCUUCCCUCUCCCCGUCUACCUCUCGCUGCUGCCCGUCGUCUUCGGCGUCUGCCUCGCCUCUGCCUCGGAGGUCUCCUUCUCCGCCGUCUCGCUCACCUCCGGCCUCCUCUCCAACGUCGCCUCCGUCUGGCAGUGUCUACCAAGCCUCCUCUCCAACGUCGCCUUUGCGCUGCGCGCCAUCGCCGCCAAGAGCGUCAUGUCGGGCGGAGACAUCGGCUCGUGCCUCCCCCUCCCCUCGUGCCCGCGCCUCGACUCGGACGUGUCUCGGACGUGUCUCGGACGCACCGCCGCGACCGUCGAAAAGAUGGGCCGCCGCACGUUCGCACGCCAGCUGCUGCUCCUCGGCACGUCGCACUACUUUUACAAUGAGUGCGCCUUCCUCGCCCUCUCGUCGGUUCACCCGGUGACGCACGCCGUCGCCAACACCGUCAAGCGCGUCGCCGUCAUCCUCAUCUCCCUCGUCGUCUUCCGCAACCCGCUCACUCCUGCCGGCGCGCUCGGAUCCGCCGUCGCCAUCGGCGGCGUCUUCCUCUACUCCCUCGCAAAGGCGCGCUGCUGACGGCGGAAAGGGUGGCCGCCGUUCUCUCUGCGCGGGCAGGGCCGCGAGGCCGCCUCGCCUCUUGCUUGCGCCUUUCAAGUCCAGCUUGCCUCGAGGCGCGUCAAGCUCCAGAGCAAAGCUCGCUCCGGCUCCG